CGCACAGCGAGAAGGACACGAUCAUGGCUGAUAUUUCGAACGAAGAACUUCGUAAGGAAAUCACCGCUAUCCUUAAGGAUGCGGAUCUUACCACUACAUCUGCUAAGAAAGUAAGGCUACAGAUUGAAGGAAAGCUCGAUAUAGAUCUUACCGAGAGGAAAAAAGAAGUAGAUGUUUUGGUCAUGGAGUGUUUAAAAGAAAAACAAGAUGGAGGAAAGAAUAAGAAGAAAACUGCUAGCGAAGAAUCUGAAGAUGGUGAGGAGGAGGAAGAGGAAGGGUCGGAGGAAGAAGAGGAGGAGGAAGAAAAGAAGCCAGCCAAAAGAAGUCCUGCAAAAAAAGCAAUAAGCAAGCGUAAGAAGGGAUCUUCUGACGAUGAAGAAAGUGCAAGCGAUGAUGAUGCAAGCGAUGAAGAGUAUAAUCCCAAAAAAACAAAAGCUACACCCAAAAAAAAUAAAACUAGCAAAAAGGGAAAGAAGAAAGGUAGUGACAGUGACAGUGAUGAAGAUUGGGGUAAGGUUAAGAAACCACAAGGUGGAGGAACAAAGAAAGGUGGAGGUGGAGGAGCUAAAGCCAAGGGCGGUUAUACUCGCGCUAUUACACUAUCUCCCGAACUUGCUGCUGUUGUGGGUGCUGAACGAAUGGCUCGACAUGAAGUCGUGAAAAAGAUUUGGAGUAUUAUCAAAGAAAAAGAUCUUUAUGAUCCUAAGAAUAAACAAUUUGCCAUCUGCGAUGAUGAAUUAUUGAAAGUAAUUGGAGUAAAACGUUUUAGAACUUUCGGUAUGAUGAAAUACCUCAAAAGUCAUUUUCUAGAGUAAAUCAUCCUUGAACCACAAAUUCUGACAGGUUAUAAACAUUGUAUAACGUAUUCCAAGAUGCAAAGUGCAUCUCUCCAUCUUUCUCACACGAUACAUACAUAAAUAUACAUACAUACAUACAAACACGAACAUAUUUCUCGCGACUUAAGACUUUAGCCAUGUUUACAUCAUUCCGAUAAACUCUGUUGUCCAUGGUAGCUGCUUUGUCUUAUUGAAUGUUCGCAAUGUAGCAUCUUAAUUUAUGGGCAUUAUUAAAAGCGUGGCGCGUUAACGAUGUUAAAGGUUGCCCUAAAUGUGUACGUAAAUGAUGACCCACAAGUAGGAAUCCAUGUAGGUUCGGUCAAUGUUAGAACGGUAUAAAAAGGGAGGGUUGAUACCAUGGACGUGCGGAUGAUUUCGAAAUGUGGAAAACAUUUAAAUGGCCGAUAGUCAAUAAGCUGGUUUUAAGUCAAUGUAUUCAGAGUUAAUGUUUUAUCGUUUGCCUGGUGGUUCUUGUAA